CCUUAUUGCUCAAACGUUUCUUAAGAAUGUUACGCUUUCUUCGCGGAGGGAAGUCGAAUCGAAAGACUCGUGAUUUUGAGCGAGAAAAGAAAAGCCAUGGCCAUGGCCAUGGUCUCGACCAUGAAAAAGAAAACGCCGAAUCCAUGAGUAUGGGAACUAGCAUAUACACAACACCGUCGAAAGCCACUCUCAAAGGCGCUCGUGCCUGUGGAAAUAUCGAAUGGUUUUCGUCUCAAGGCAGUGAAGGCCAGGGGCCUGGCACUAUAUUUACAGCCGAACUUGCUUUGGCUAAAUACAGAUUGGGUGCCUGGGAAUCCCCCGCGGAUAUAGAAUCGACACCAGCAUCUUCAAACACGACCUCUUCUUUUUCUUCGUCGCCAUCGUUGAGAUUAUCUCAAGAGGAAAAUGGUAUAGCUACUGAUGUACCGAUAGAUGACAUUACGUCACUAGCUUCUUCGAACCUUUCCCUACAAGCGGUUGGCCCCGAAGGCCUCGUAACUGGCGAUGCUGAAGAAUCAUCUAUAGAUGAGCAUUCAACCGCCUCUUCAGAUAUUUCAUGGUAUUACGACUCAGAAACACACCAUGAAAAACUUGUUUCAACGAUGGACACACAGAAUCAUAGCGAUAAGAGAACUGUUCCUCAAGAAUAUCAUGGUGACAUUUGCGAAAAAAGAGAAGACAUGUUUAGUGAUAUAUCCAACCGCAAGGACUUCGAAGAAGCUAGUGCUUGUAGCACUGUCUCGUCAUUGACCAUGUACAAGUAUUUUGGUCAGGCUGGAGGUGAAUUUAUGGUGCCAGUUCCUUUGUCAGCAUGUACAUCAUCUCUUUCGAGACAUGAUGGAAUUCGUAGAAAGAGCGACGAAGUAUCCGAAGUUCAUUUUGCUCACCCAGGGUCCAAUGGUGAUAAAAUGGAUUCGAGUACUGACGAUUCAUGUUGUCUCAACGGUCAUUCAAUCGCUACGAGUUCAAAUUCUGUUAAAUCGGUAAGCUUUUCAGUACUAAUUUCAACGCUGGAAGCUGAAAGCCUGGCUAAAAGACUGAAACCUUGUAUCCCUACGUCUCCAAGAAAAAUGAUUGGUAAGAUGAUCAAUACAAAUACCCCAGGCAUGACGUCUAAUCCAGGUAACCUAGACGGAUCAGACUCUCGGUCAAAAGUCGUGAAGACUCCAGUUCCACAAACAAAGAAGCAACUUUAUUUGAUACCAAAACAGGAGGGCGAAGCAAACUUUGGAACACCAAAAAUGAGUAAUGUAUCAACUGAUCUUUCAGAUUACAGCCACAUGAUUCCCGAUGCCUGGGAAAACAAUCAUGGCGCUACGUCAGUUGCAACUACUUGCUGCACUGAAAAGAAAGAAUGUUCUGGAAUUCGAUCUAAAUUUGAAGCACAAAGCUUGAAAGACAGGACGGAACCACUAGUACCUCGGAGAACGAUCGGGAAAACAUUCCGAUCAGUAAUCCAAGAAAGUGAGGGAGGAAAGAAGAUGGAAUAUAGUGACUGCACCAAAAACGAAUGUUUUAAUGAUCAAAACCAAAAUUCAGACGCGAAUUUUGAACGAGACAUUCCAAGCUCUAGCAAGGAAGCAAAUUCCUGUCAGUUGUCCUCAUCGCUUAGCGAAGAAAUAUCGAAGACGAAAAGUGAUCCUCAAGAGGAAUCAGCAAUAGAGAACAAUGCCAUUUAUGAAAUAGAAAACAAUGCCAGUCAUGAAAUUUCCAAUGCCGCCCAAAUGAUUCAUUCAGAGGAAUCCCUGGAAGCUUGUAGUGAGUUUCAUGAUACCAAAACUGAAAUAUCCGACGAAGAUCGAAGAGUAGAAGAGAAAUCAAUCGACUCGAGUCGUCCAAAAAGGACUAUGAACAACUAUCCAACAGUACUUUCAAAAAGUGAGGAAGAGGAUCAGAAUGAGUUACAUUUGGAAGGAGAAGAGAGGUUUACUUCAGAUGUAAGUGUUUCAAGUCUGGAACAUCAAUUCAUAUCAGAAGCGGAAGAUUCUUCAGAAGUCGUACAAUCGUUGCUAACGGCGACUUUUGAAAACGAAGUCUAUCUUGAUGAGGCCAAUAUGGUGAACAAACAGACAACCCAUCUAAGGUUUUACAAUGGUCCAGUAGAUCUGGACGACUCCGUUGACACUUCGUCAUCAGUACCGGUCAACGAUGAAGAAACAAUUUUGUCUCAGGAACAAGUUGACCAUCGAACCUUGUCUACUCUAGGGUUCUACAAUGGUCCAGUAGAUCUGGACGACUCCAUAGACAGUUCGUCAUCAGCGCCAGUCAAUGACAAAGAAAUAAAUUUGUCUGAGAAACAAGUUGGCCAUCGAACCUUAUUGAUAAGAAAUGACAAAGGAUAUCAUGGUGAAAUAGACACGGGAUCUCAAAAAAAAUUGGAUCAUGUCUUUGGUUCUAGUGAGAAACAGUUUAAUCCUUGUGAAGAAAUUGGUUUUGUUUCAAAGCAAUAUAGAACUCUUUCUAUCGAAAAUAGUUCCCAAGGAUCUCUGAAUGAAGACGACUUGAAGUAUAAGUUGAAACAGAGGGCGGAAAACGGUUCUUUUCCGAACUCAGCAGGCCCUUGUUACAAUGAUUGGAAAAGGGAACAAGAAGAGAAGAGUCUCAGACAUCAGGUCGAAAAACAGGAACAAGUAUUACAAUUUUAUUUAUCUUCUGAUGAUACGACUAAUAAUUCGAAAGCAAAGGUGGAUGCAAUUGUUCAAAACAACUUGUCUACAAUCCAAGAACUGCAGGUACCUCCAAAAACAAAGAAAAUUUCGAGAAUGUUGAGUCGAAUACUACAAGUCAAAMGAAGAACCAGAAAGAAGUCAGCGGGGAAGAGAAAAGAUACGGGCUUAGAUAAGUUCGUUGCACCACCAGGCAACGACUUUGAGGGUAAUGUCGACGAUAUUUCCGAGCCGACCCUACUUCCCUUGAACACCUUUGGUUAUUUGAUUGACUCGAGUGGGCGUGAAGCAGCGCGACAACAAACGCUAUUGGUACACCUUGAGUCAGAGCGUCAAAAACAAAUGCAAUCCGCAAUCGAGAAGGAGAGAGAGGAAUUAGGCGAGCACAUUAGAAACUCUGUCCUCAAGGAACGGAAAUUAGAAAGGCAGCGCUUUCUUAGCCAUCCCACGAUUGAUAGUAUUACGUAUCGCGUGGCUUCUCCGGGUGUUGGUUUUAGUACCAACAAACCAAGUUUAGCGAGUCAUGUAAUGAAAGCCAACCAUGAAUCGAAACUCGAUAAUCUUCUCAAUUCCAGCAAACCAUCUAAACGAGGAUGCAUGUACUCAACUACACCAAUAAAAUAUUGGUUUCAUGGGUCCACUAGAGCCACUACCUCCACAGCUAGGGAGACAGUGUCUCUUGAAAGUUGCUCUGUAAACUCAUUUUUGCAUAAGUCUCUUUCUUUUAACUCCGCUCAAACCCCAUCGUCACCAAACUCCCCGAAGUCAAUUACGCACCUACCUCCAUGCGUUGUCUGCAAAAUAUCAGAAAGAACCCACAUAUGUAUCUCUUGUAUGCACUACUCUUUUUGUGCUGAAUGUGCUAAGCAACUACAAAAACUCGAGACCCCAAUCUGCCCCAUUUGUCAAACGGAAGACGUCGUGUUGACUAUGGUAUACACGUGAUGCUGCUGCCUUCUUUGAUAGUCCUAACCGCCUUUUGUUUAUGAAUUAGGCUCACACUCUGAGA